UUUUGGGAAGAUAUUUUGAUGCCUCUUUGCAUGCAUGUUCUAUUAAAGCAAUUACUAUUUUUUUAUUAAUAAUUUAGGAAGAAGUUACACCAGAGAUGUGUAUUAUUGAAAACGUUUGAGGUCAAGUUGUAAAUGUAGUGUUAGUGUAGGCUUGCACAAGUGAAAAUUUUAUUAUUAUGAUUUUUAUUAGCUCACCAACCGACUCAGGAAAAUAUACAGAGCUUUGAAAUAAAAUUACUAAGAAUAUAUAAAUUUAUUUUUUUUAAAGAUGCCGGACAUCAAAGUGACGCCUCUUGGUGCUGGACAGGAUGUUGGGCGCAGCUGCAUUCUGCUGUCUAUAGGAGGCAAGAACAUCAUGCUGGAUUGUGGGAUGCAUAUGGGAUAUAAUGAUGAUAGACGCUUCCCAGACUUCUCUUACAUCACUCAGAACGGCCGCCUGACAGACUUUUUGGACUGUGUUAUAAUAAGCCAUUUCCAUCUGGACCACUGUGGUGCUCUUCCCUACAUGAGUGAGAUGGUGGGAUAUGAGGGACCGAUCUACAUGACCCACCCCACCAAAGCCAUCUGCCCCAUCCUGCUGGAGGACUUCCGCAAGAUCACGGUGGACAAAAAGGGCGAGACGAACUUCUUCACGUCUCAGAUGAUCAAAGAUUGCAUGAAGAAAGUGGUGCCGCUGAAUCUACACCAGACCGUUCAGGUGGAUGAUGAGCUCGAGAUCAAAGCGUACUAUGCAGGACACGUCCUCGGGGCAGCAAUGGUGCUAAUUAAAGUCGGCUCCGAGUCCGUCGUCUACACAGGUGAUUACAACAUGACCCCAGACAGACACUUAGGAGCGGCCUGGAUUGAUAAAUGUCGUCCAGAUAUUCUGAUCACUGAGUCGACCUACGCCACUACAAUCCGUGACUCGAAGCGCUGCAGAGAGAGAGACUUCUUAAAGAAAGUCCACGAGACCAUUGAGAGAGGAGGAAAGGUCCUCAUUCCGGUGUUUGCUUUGGGAAGAGCUCAAGAGCUCUGCAUCCUUCUGGAAACGUUCUGGGAGAGAAUGAAUCUGAAAGCCCCCAUAUACUUCUCCACGGGCCUGACGGAGAAAGCAAACCACUACUACAAACUCUUCAUCACAUGGACCAAUCAGAAGAUACGCAAAACCUUCGUGCAGAGGAACAUGUUCGAGUUCAAACACAUCAAAGCCUUCGAUCGCUCCUAUGCAGAUAAUCCUGGACCUAUGGUGGUGUUCGCUACUCCAGGGAUGUUGCACGCUGGCCAGUCAUUACAGAUAUUCAAGAAAUGGGCCGGCAAUGAAAAGAACAUGGUCAUUAUGCCAGGGUACUGCGUGCAGGGAACAGUCGGCCACAAGAUUCUGAACGGCCAGAAGAAGCUGGAGAUGGAGGGAAGAGCCACGCUGGAGGUGAAGCUGCAGGUGGAGUACAUGUCGUUCAGCGCCCACGCCGAUGCCAAAGGCAUCAUGCAGCUGAUCCGCAUGGCCGAACCUCGCAACAUCCUGCUGGUUCACGGCGAGGCCAAGAAGAUGGAGUUCCUCAAGGACAAGAUUGAGCAGGAAUUCAAUAUCAGCUGCUUCAUGCCAGCGAAUGGAGAGACCACCACAGUGACGACCAACCCAAGCGUACCGGUGGACAUCUCGCUCAACCUGCUGAAGAGAGAGAUCGCCCUGGGAGGUCCUUUACCCGACCCUAAGAGGCCGCGCACCAUGCAUGGAACUCUGAUCAUGAAGGACAAUACUCUGAGGCUGGUUUCCCCAGAGCAGGCUUUAAAGGAGUUGGGACUUUCUGAACACCAGCUGCGUUUUACAUGCCGUGUGCAUCUGCAGGACCCUCACAGCGACGCAGACACCCUCGCCCGCAUCUACAGCCAUCUCAAGAGCAUGCUCAGGGGUUACACCGUGCAGCACCUUCCCGACAGCACCGUGAUCGUCGAGUCCAUCGUCCUCAAAGUGUCUUCAUCCAGCGACGACCCCAAUAUUAAAGUUAUCCUGCUCUCCUGGAGCUAUCAGGACGAAGAGCUUGGCAGUUUUCUUUCUAAUCUGCUGAAGAAAGGCCUUCCCUCUUGAUUGAGUGUCUACUGAUAUUGUUCAAAGUGAAUGAAUAAACCUUUUGUAUGAUGAGAAGAAAUUUUACUUCCCCAGAAUGUGUUGCUCCACAGAAACAUGAGUCAGAAACUUCUAGAAUAGUGUGUGUGUGUGUGUGUGUGUGUGCACGCGCACGCACGCACGUUUUUAUAUACUACUGGGGACCAGAUGUCCCCACAAGGAUAGUACAAUCUGACAAUUUUGACCUUGUGGGGACAUUUGGAUGGUCUCCACGGGGAAAUUGCUGCUGUGGCGUUUGUUUGUUUGUUUGUUUGUUUUAAAUAAAAAAAAAAGAGCCCAAAAGUUUCCUUUUCAUUACUAAAGUUAAAGGGAUAGUUCAGGAUUUUUGACAUGAAUCUGUAUGGCAUCCCCAUCAAUAGUGUCGUGCAAACACACUGACUUACCCCCGACAGCAUCCUGUGAGUCCAGUUCUUGUCCAGUUUUGGUCCAGACGAAAGUAGUCCGGCAAGUUUGUUGGGGUCACGAAAGUAAAACGUUUUUCGUCUCAAAAUGGUAUGUGUUCAAAAGAGUGAUAUAUUUGCAUCACAAAACCGUUGCCAAAUAAAAAGUCAGACCUCGAAAUCGCUUGGCACUAUUUUCUCUCCCUUCUUAUCACUGCGCGCUGCCGGCUUCAUCCAGCUGCGGCUCCAGCUUCAAGGAUAAGCUGGAGCCGCAUAAGUAGGAGUCCCAGCGGGUGGUUUGUAUUCGAUUCGUUUAUAUCCCGACCUUGUUAGCUGUCAGAUUUAUGUUCAUGGACCCGGUAAGCUGGUAAAUAAUAUUUAUUAUUAUUUUUUUCUUUACCAAAUUCUAACAGAAAACGAGAGCACCCGAAAGGGAAAGCUGAGCCGAGCCGCCUCACGGCUGUAAUGCAAAUUGCUUUCCUCCUCAGCAUACAAGUGCGCUUCCAUGUCAGGGAAAAAGAAACUACCACUGCUGCCUAUGUAGUGCCCUAUUUAUACAAAUAGGAGUCAUUCAGGAUUCAGCCAUGUUUUUGCUCCGUGUCAUGGCUGAAUCCUGAAUGACUCCUAUUUGUAUAAAGUCUAUUUAAAAAAGGGCUGUUUGUUUUUACAUUUUAACCGGAAGCGGCUAGAGAUAAUGAGAUGAGAUGAGAUGAGGUUAGAUGGGGAAGAGUUGGGACAGUUCAUCAUGUUGUUGUGGGGUUUGGGUUUUGUUUUUUUGGUGGUUUACGAAUAUAAAAUUGUUUAAAAUUUUUUGUUAAAAUGUGGGUGUGGCCCUGCAUGAGGAUUAAACUUAUUUCAUUCCUUCUUGAGAAUGGAACUGUUUUGUCUCGUCAGGUUUGAGUAAACUGACAUUUUUCUAUCGCUGUACUAACAUUGUGUGUUCAUCCAGUUCAGAUGGUACAAGUUCUGAUAAUAAAUAAAGAUUAAACAUG